AUGAAAUAUUGGAGCUGCUGUAAAAGGAAAACCUCAGACUUCAACACGUUUCUGUCUCAGGAGGGCUGUACCCAAGGAAAGCAUCAGUGGAAGAGAAAAGAUACAGGAAAGAAGGUUGUGCCAUGCAGUCCAGAUGAGCCUUUCUCCAGUCUACAACAGAAGAUCUCUCCUUCGCUUGAACAGGCUUUAGAAAAGCUUAAACUGACUCAGGAAAAUGCACAGGAGAUAAAGGAGGAGGAUAGUGAUGAAAUUAAGAUAGGGACAUCCUGUAAGAAUGGAGGCUGCAGUAAGACAUUCAGCGGACCAGCCAGUGAUGAAGAGACAUGUUUGUAUCAUGCUGGUGUACCUAUCUUCCAUGAAGGGAUGAAAUAUUGGAGCUGCUGUAAAAGGAAAACCUCAGACUUCAACACGUUUCUGUCUCAGGAGGGCUGUACCCAAGGAAAGCAUCAGUGGAAGAGAAAAGAUACAGGAAAGAAGGUUGUGCCAUGCAGGUUUGAUUGGCAUCAAACAGGAAGUCAAGUCAUCAUUUCAAUUUAUGCCAAAAAUUCAGUACCAGAGCUGAGCUCAGUGGAGGGGAACAGCACUGUGCUCAAAAUCCACAUUAUAUUUGAAGGAGAGAAAGAAUUUGAACACCAGAUCAGUUUGUGGGGGGUAAUUGAUGCAAGUAGAAGUUUGGUGAACAUGAUGGCUACCAAAAUUGAGGUUGUGUUGAAGAAAGCAGAACCAAUGUCAUGGGCCCGACUAGAUCUACCACCUGUAGCUCCUCCAAAGGGAGACAAAAAGGAAAAAGAUGUUGACAGUGAGGAUGAGUGUGAUUAAAUUAAGAGACUGUAAGAGAACUACCAUUCUCUGAAUGGGAAUCAUCUUCUCUGGUUCUAAGGUUUGAUACAUAAUGAAGCAUGAAUGUGUCAUGUAAAUUCUGAAAGCUCUUCAUGUUUGUCCAAGAUAAUAGAUUUAUUGUACAGGGCAUGUUUAGAGGGUUUUUCUAAGAAAGCUUUCAAGGAACCAAGUUACUCUAAUACAAUAUUUUGAUUCAAACCUAAAUGUGUGCAGUCCUAGUAAAUGGAUCAUUUCACAUUCCACUGUUUUGUUUAAGUGUACUAUGGAAGCCAGUGGGG